UGCAUAGAAGGAUUGCGAGAAAAUGACUACCUUCUGAUUCAUUCUUGCCGUCAGUGGACGACCAUCACUGCCCAUAGCUUGGAGGAGGGGCACUAUGUCAUUGGGCCAAAGAUCGAGAUUCCUGUGCAUUAUGCAGGACAAUUCAAGCUGCUGGAGCAAGAUCGAGAUAUAAAGGAACCAGUGCAAUACUUUAACAGUGUGGAGGAGGUGGCGAAGGCAUUUCCUGAACGCGUGUACGUCAUGGAGGAAAUAACAUUCAAUGUGAAGGUUGCUUCAGGUGAAUGCAAUGAAGACACUGAAGUGUACAACAUCACCUUGUGCACGGGGGACGAGCUCACACUGAUGGGGCAGGCGGAGAUCCUGUAUGCAAAGACCUUCAAGGAGAAGUCCAGACUCAACACCAUCUUCAAGAAGAUCGGGAAGCUGAACUCCAUCAGCAAGCUAGGGAAAGGCAAGAUGCCCUGCCUCAUCUGCAUGAACCACCGGACCAACGAGAGCAUCAGCCUCCCGUUCCAGUGCAAGGGCAGGUUCAGCACCCGCAGUCCCCUGGAGCUUCAGAUGCAGGAGGGUGAGCACACCAUCCGCAACAUUGUGGAGAAGACCCGGCUGCCUGUGAAUGUGACCGUGCCGAGCCCCCCGCCAAGAAACCCCUACGACCUCCACUUCAUCCGUGAGGGGCACCGCUACAAGUUCGUGAACAUCCAGACCAAGACGGUGGUGGUUUGCUGCGUGCUGCGUAACAACAAGAUCCUCCCCAUGCACUUCCCUUUGCACUUGACCGUUCCCAAGUUCAGCCUCCCGGAGCACCUGGUGAAGGGUGAGGGUUGGCCUGAGCCGCUGGUCCAUCACUGGCUGGGUAUCUGCCAAGAGCAGUUCGACAUCGAUGAGUAUUCCCGAGCAGUCCGGGAUGUGAAGACGGACUGGAAUGAGGACUGCAAGAGCCCCAAGAAGAGCCGGUGUUCCGGCCACAACCAUGUGCCCAACUCCCUCAGCUAUGCCCGCGAUGAGCUCACCCAGUCCUUCCACCGGCUCUCGGUCUGUGUGUAUGGCAACAAUCUCCAUGGCAACAGCGAGGUGAACCUGCAUGGCUGCAGAGACCUGGGCGGAGAGUGGGCCCCCUUCCCUAAUGACAUCCUGCCCUACCAGGACUCCGGUGAUAGUGGAAGCGACUACCUUUUCCCAGAAGCUGGUGAUGAGCCAACAGGCAUCCCUGGGAAGUCGGAGCUUCCAUACGAGGAGCUGUGGCUGGAUGAAGGCAAGCCUAGCCAUCAGCCACUCACACGCUCCCUGAGCGAGAAGAGCAGGUGUGAUAACUUCAGAAGCUCUGUCCGGUCCAAAUGUGGCCCUUCUCCUCUUCCCAUCCCUGGGCCUCUGGGAGCAGCAGUGAAGUCUUCUGAUAUCGCCCUACCUCCACCUCCAGUGCCUCCCAAAUCUGAAGCAGUCAGGGAAGAAUGCCGGCUCCUGAACGCCCCGCCUGUUCCGCCCCGAAGCGCAAAGCCUUUGUCCACAAGUCCCUCCAUCCCUCCUCGCACAGCCAAGCCAGCGCGACAGCAGACCCGCUCUCCCAGCCCCACCCUGUCCUACUAUUCUUCAGGGCUGCACAACAUCGUGACUAAAAGUGAGACCAGCCCAUCGGAAAGUGCUCCUGUGUCCUGCUAUCCGUGCACCCGGAUGAAAGCGGAGUCCAUGGACCUGAAGUCCCCCUUUGGAAGCCCUUCAGCUGAAGCUCUUUCCUCCAGACUCUCGUGGCCCAACCAUUAUACAGGGGCCUCGGAGAGCCAGACUCGAAAUGAUUUUCUGUUGGAUCCGAGCAGGAGCUACAGUUAUCCCAGGCAAAAGGCGCCAGGCACACCAAAGAGAAACUGCCCGGCACCUUUGGAUUUCGAUGGCUGUGAGCUCCUCCCCAGCCAGCUGGAAGCUGGCGUGGUCAGCCCAGAGCCUGCCAGCAACGUCCCUGGUUGUCCCAAGUCAGCAAGCUACUCGCUGGAGAGCACUGAUAACAAAGCCCUGGCAGCUGGCACGGCCAAGCAGAGUGUCUCGUGCCCGGCCUUACCGCCACGGGCCCCCAAAGCAGUGGACGAGGGCGCCACCUCUGACACCUCCCCUUUGCCUCUGAAAAUCGAUGGUGCUGAGGAAGACCCCAAGUCUGGGUCAGCAGACCUCUCUGAAGACCAGUAUUUCGCUCCAAAGGGCAUGCAGGACCUCUUCUCUGUCCCCUAUCCCUUCUCCUCUCCGCUCCAUCUCCAGCUGGCCCCCAGGUCUUGCGGCGAUGGGUCCCCAUGGCAGCCACCAGCUGACCUCUCGGGGCUGUCGAUUGAAGAAGUGUCUAAGUCUUUGCGGUUCAUCGGCUUGUCCGAAGAUGUCAUAUCAUUCUUUGUCACGGAAAAGAUUGAUGGGAAUUUGCUCGUGCAGCUGACAGAAGAAAUCCUCUCUGAGGAUUUCAAACUGAGCAAACUGCAGGUGAAGAAGAUAAUGCAGUUCAUUAAUGGCUGGAGGCCCAAAAUAUAGCCAAAUUACCCCCAGCUGGCAUGGAACAAGACUGGUACAAUUGUGCGUGAGAAGGGGUGGGCUGGGAUGGAAUUCAUGUUUUUUUGCACUAAAAACCUUCUCUGUAAAUAGGGAUAAGAGACACUCUUACUAUGCAGAUUACGUUUUUGAAUGGUGAACAGGCUAUUUUGUACAUCAAUAAAAUGCUGUACAGAACACUUCGAGGUGUGCCUUGUAUGUCACUCAACACCCAACAGCUGCUGAAAGGAAAACGGCGUGUUCUGAGAAUCAUCCUUACCCAAAUAGGUUUAUGCAAGAAGGUAUGUAUUUAUUACAAAAUAGCCAAAGGUGAAAGACGUAAAAACCUU